AGCCGUGAGACCAAACUGGAUGCACUGGGACCCUGAAGGCCAAUGCCAAGAGGGCCUCGGAUUCUGCCACAACCCCACCUACUCCCACUUGAUGAUAACGGUGAUGGCGGGCGGACUGUUUGGUUGGAGCCGAGCGGCUCUUCUCCAGCUCCUUCUUGGCGUGAACCUGAUGGUGAUGCCUCCCAUCCAGGCCCGGACUCUGCGCUUCGUUACCUUGCUGUACCGACAUGGAGACCGGACACCAGUGAAGACAUUUCCCAAGGACCCCUAUCAGGAAGAUGAAUGGCCUCAAGGGUUUGGUCAGCUCACUAAGGAGGGGAUGCUACAGCACUGGGAGCUGGGCCAGGCCCUGCGGCAGCGCUACCGUGGCUUUCUCAACACUUCUUACCACCCACAAGAGGUUUAUGUGCGAAGCACUGACUUUGACCGUACUCUCAUGAGUGCUGAGGCCAACCUGGCUGGACUUUUCCCUCCCAAUGGGAUGCAGCGUUUCAAUCCAAACAUCUCUUGGCAGCCUAUUCCCGUCCACACUGUGCCCAUUGCUGAGGACAGGCUGCUGAAGUUCCCAUUGGGCCCGUGUCCCCGUUACGAGCAGCUGCAGAACGAGACCCGGCAGACACCAGAGUAUCAGAAUGAGAGUAUUCAGAAUGCACAAUUUCUGGAUAUGGUGGCCAACGAGACAGGACUUACGGACUUGACACUGGAGAGCAUCUGGAAUGUCUAUGACACACUUUUCUGUGAGAGAACACAUGGGCUGGUCCUGCCGCCCUGGGCCUCGCCCCAAGCCAUGCAGCGCCUGAGCCGGCUGAAGGACUUCAGCUUCCGCUUCCUCUUCGGGAUCUACGAGCAGGCAGAGAAGGCCCGGCUUCAGGGGGGAGUCCUGCUGGCUCAGAUACGGAAGAACCUGACACUGAUGGCAACCUCCUCCUCCCACCUCCCUAAGCUGCUGGUUUACUCCGCGCAUGAUACCACCCUGGUUGCUCUGCAAAUGGCAUUGUAUGUCUACAAUGGUGAACAAGCCCCCUACGCCUCCUGCCAUAUAUUUGAACUGUACCAGGAAGACAAUGGGAAUUUCUCAGUGGAGAUGUACUUUCGGAAUGAGAGUAACAAGGCCCCCUGGCCACUGAGCCUGCCUGGCUGCCCUCACCGCUGCCCACUGCAGGACUUCCUGCGUCUCACAGAGCCUGUUGUGCCCAAGGACUGGCAGCAGGAGUGCCAGCUGGCAAGUGGUCCUGCAGACACAGAGGUGAUCGUGGCCUUGGCUGUAUGUGGCUCCAUCCUUUUUCUUCUCAUAGUGCUGCUACUCACCGUCCUCUUCCGGAUGCAGGCGCAGCCUCCCGGCUACCGCCACGUUGCAGACGUGGAGGAUCACGCCUGACAACCACUCAGCCCCCUUCCCUCUGCCUCUUAGGGGAGGUGGGCUUGGCCCUCACUCCUGACUGUUGCUGCUCCCAAGCCCAUGGGCAGGAGACCCUGGGUUGGGCCUUCCUCUGAUUACCCCAACCUAGACGAACAAGUGGGACUCGGCUUGGCCCAUGGCACCUGCCACUCAAUAUUCACGUGCCCGAUGUUUCCCAAGUACUGUGUUGGAUGUUGGCUCUCUCCAAAUAGGAUUUGCCUUCUCCAUGCUCCCGAAGGACCUGAUAUGUAGACAAGGUUUAAAGUUUCACUCAGGACCUGGGAUAAAAAACUGAAGGAGUGGUGCUUCAUCUGCCUUGCCCCCCAGUCAAGACCUGCUCUCUCCUCCAGCCCGGAGUCUUUGGCAAAUGGCUCAGAAGACGCAAUUUUGCCUGUCAGUGCUUAUUUUACUGGGAAAAACUGCAUAACAUUGGGGACACGAACACUGGCCACCAAGGAACCAAAUCACCCAACAGCCAGCCAGUCAAGUUUCCCUUCUCCAGCUGAAGCUACCAUGAGUCAGACAUACUGCCUCAGGCAUCCUGCUUAGCCUGUAGCCUGAGUAGGUCCGAAAGGUGUCUGUACUUGGGAGGGAGUUGAGGGCGGUGGGAGGAGAGUGAGGGGUGGGACAGUCAUGAAACUACUACCCGCCUCUGCUGGGCUGGGGUCUCCAGGGAUGUGAGGUAAACGCAGGUUGUAAGCUGGACAGCUGUUGACUAUGGCCCACAAUAGGGCUGAGGUAGCUUGAGAAAAAGGAAAAUUUUGGACUCUUAGUGCUGUUUCUGUGCCUGUUCUUCGUUCUGGAGACCCAGGAGUGCUUUGACCAGGUCAACGUUGCAAGAGUCACUCAGAAGCUCUUUGGGUAUAUAUAGUUUUAUUGGCCAUGUCAAUAGUGAGCACAAAUACAAAACCACCACCUGAUCACUCUGCCACCACACGUCAGGGAGGAGAAAAGCCCCUUGGCUCCAGGAGGAGCUUGGUUCCAAGCUCAAUGUAGCAGGGAGCCUGGGGGAGCUGUGUCGCCAACUCUGGGUAAGUUUCGGAGCUAAGUCCAGAGCAGUAACAUAGCCAGUGUCCCAGCCUUACAGUAUCCCAUGCCACAGCAUCCUCGCUCCAGCCCUAAGACUUGGAUACCUUGGUCCUUUAACACAUAGCUGCCUCUUCUCACAGGACUUGUUCUCAUGUGGCUCCAAGUCCUUGUUUGGCCCACACCUUCAUUAUUGCCUCUCAUUUCCAUAUCCCAGCUUUCUCCUGGCUCCAAAUGAGAACGUGAUAACCUAGGAUGAAUAACACUAGUUUGACUCACCGUCUGUUAUCUGUCUCUCAGAGCUUGGGGCUGGCCCAGGGAGCCUAGAACUUGGUAAGGAAAUACUAGGGAAUUGGACAACAGCCAGGCAUUACCAAGACCAAGACCAAACAAGGGUGGAGGGCCUAGGCCAAAUAGACCACUGUCCCCUGGCUAUCUUCUUCACUGACUGCUACCUUCGGUGAAUGUGGCAGGGCUAAGCUGAGGUUAGCUUGCACUGAACCUUGGGAAGUAGGGUCAGGCUUCAGAUAACAACCUACUUCACUCACCCAUCAGAGAGGCCAGUGUGUCCCCCAUAGGAUUGAACUCAUUGAGCUGCAGAGACAAGGGGAUAAGCAUGAGGAGGGGGUGAAGGUAUUACUUCUGGUCAUUUUUGCUCAAUAAGGUAGGUUGAAUCCCUGCUUCCUCCCAUCAUUAUUUGAGGGCCCAAGUCUCACCGAAAUGAUACCAGAAGAUUCUGAGUCAUAGAGCUGAUGCAUCAACUUCCCUGAGCUUCCAUCAAACACAUCGAUUGUCCUUAAUUCAUGGGGGAAACAACUUUUGAAAUUAGGAUCUGGGUAUCUGCCCACAACAAUGAGGUUGUACCGUGGAUGCCAGGAUGCCUAGGAGAUGGAAAGGCUGGUCAUGAGAGUAAAUGCAGAAUACUAUCAAGAGGGUUCAUAAGUAUUCUUUGCCAUUAACAAUUGUUAAUACAGUUGUCAACGAUUUAAUAAUGGAGAUAAGAUCUAUAUAAAACUACAAGAAUAGUUUUCAAUUGCGUAUACAUCUACCAAUGUCAAUUUUAAACUCCAAGCUGGCCCCCCUGGCCCUUAGGACACCUUCAGGCUUUCUCUCUUGCAUUUGCUGAGAUCAUACCAACUGACAAAUGUUUUAACAUCAGCUUGAUGCAGACAUUAACCAAAGAGUAAGCCUACAACAAAGGAACAAGCUUCUGGUAACCAAAACCAAAUUGGACAUAUGUUCUGAAGUAACCCCACUACUAUCUCCUCUAUCAGCUUCAAUGACAAAGAGUUGAGUAGAAAAUGCUAGUGUCUGGAAAGAGGAGGAAACCUUUGCUCCCCAGAUUAUCCCUCUCAAAACAAAUCCGACAGUGAUUGGAAUGACAGAUCGGAUGGGAUUUUCCUAAGAAACUUCUCACAGAAGUUUUGAAGGAGGAAAGACAUGGUAAGCAGGAAGGAAGAAGGGGUACAUGCAAAGGCUUAGAAAUAAGUCACAAACCAGUCACACCUGGGAAGCUGUAGUGGGCUUCACUGGAUACAAAGUGAAGAUGCCAAUGGGAACACGAACGGGUGAAGGAUCUGAUGCCAUUAGAACUUGGAUUUGAUUUGAGGUGCGUGGGGGCCGCUCUAAUACUAAAUCAUCCUUGUGUACUGAGUAGGCCUGGCGCCGUGUGCUCGAAGUGCACUGACUCAGCUUCACAGCAACCCCGUCAGUUAGAAACCAGUAUUCCCUUUAUAGACAAGGAAACUGGAACCUAAAAUUGAAGUAAUUUUCCCAAGAUCCUAACCCAGAGGGGUCUGCCUGCCAGAGCUGGUGCCCCUCCCCAUUGACCGAAGUACAGGCAUGAAACCUGGAGAUUUGAAGAGAAACUGCGUAGGGGCUUGGGCAGGAAGGAAUCACAGGACGUGAAGACUGUAAGCCAUGGGUGCCGAGGCCAGAGAAGCCGCUAACGAAAAAGCUAAGGGUAGCGUGUAGAUCAACCGUACACACGGAACAAACUGAAGGCAGAACAGAAGGCCAGGAUUUUAGAAAACGCCAUCUGAGGAGAUCAGGGCUGGGUUGAAAAAACUUUGGAAAAUAGCUUAUCAGAGACAAAAGAAAACCCAGCACAGCGGGAUUGCAGAAGUGGGACAAACGGAGCAGGGAGAGCCAGGGGAUGAGACUACUUUGUGUCAGGGCAGGAAGAGAUCUGGGAGGAAAGGCUUCUGGAAUCUGUCCUCCCCCUGCUCCCCGCCUUGGGCAGACCCGACCUGUCUCCGUGAUCCCAGUGCUUUACUCCCUCACUUACCUUGAUGGGUGUCAGGUGCUGGAAGUGGCGGUGAGGAUGUGGGAUCAGGCUUGGGGGGCUGUCCCACUGGGAGGCAGAAUAAACCCGGAUCUCACUCUUCUGGUCGGUGGUCAGGAGCUGGGCUCCAUCAGGACUGAAAUGAGCUGGCAAGUGACAAGUCCCUGAGCUGAAGGGCCUUCUCUUGCAGGGACCCCUCCCUCCCACUCCCUGACAGACAGGGCUGGAAGGGAGGAGGUACAUCUGGGCUCUGAACAAAAACAUUCUAGAACUCAGCAGCUGACGAGGGCAGCUGAAGUCAGAAAGGUUCGCUGUCGGGGGUAAAGGUUUGACCUAGCGGCUUCUAAACUUUGAGGGCAAACCCCAGGAGCGGUGGGGUAGGUAGGGCCUAAGGAGGGAUGAGUAUAUCACACCUGCGUUGACAGGAUGACUGUGUGGCAGUGAGUAGAGGAAGCUGGAUUUCCCUUUAACCUGGCGCAGGUCCCAGAUUUUCACUGUUUGAUCUACAGAGGCUGUGGCCAGGAACCAAUCACAGCAUGGGUUCAGGGCUGUAUGGGUCACUUUCUUUUUGUGCAAUCUCAGGUUCCACAGCUGCAGAGAAAAGCGGUUCAGGUGGGGGCAGAGGCAAGGGAGGGGCAGGGAGGACCGGGCUCUGAGAACGCACCUCCCUGCCGUCCAUGUUCAGCAGGAUCACGUUCCCCACAUUGUCUCCUGUGACCACCACUCGGCUUUUCUCGGACACAUCCAGGCUGCAAAACCAGAAGCUGGAGGGAGAGACCUUGCUGUAAGGUUCUUGGGGACAGAGGCAAGGUCCAUUUAUUUAUUUAUUUA